AGUCCAGCCGGCUCCACUGACUGUUGCUUGCUUCCGUGUAGCCACUCGAGACUCAUCAACACACGACUGCUCAACGCCGCUGUAAACAAAAAGUUCUCUAACGGUUCCUUUUCAACAUUACAUUAGAACGAAGAGAUAUGCAUAUUAAAACGGGAACAUGGGCGGCCAGCAACAUGGCGUGUGAGUCCGACAACUUGUGUGAUCCAGCUGUCCUUGUGUCCACCACCAACCCAGAACCUCACAUUCGCAACCGUCGCCUAUCCCCAGGGUCAGGCAACUGUGGAGGUGGAGGAGGUUGCUCCAUUGCAGUUGACCAGCAGCCCCGCCAGACAUCACCUGGGGCCACUGAGGGCAGCUUGAAUGGACCCACCUACGCACAUGCCUUUCGAAGAGACAGAGAGCGCAGGGCCCAGCAGCACAAAGGCCGUGGCCCACGCAGAGAGGGCUUCAGAGGGACAGGGAGGGUGGCUGACCGGCCACCAAAACAGAGCUCAAAGGAAAGGUGGGUGGAGAACAGCCUGUCACUGCUGAAGCCUCCCCCUGCUUUCCCAGUGCAAGACAGCCCAGCCAAACUACAGCCAGCCGUCAGCUACGCCUCCAAGGUGAAGGCGGGAGCUGCAAGUGGUGCCCUCGAGGACGAUCGUCCUGCCAUCGGGGUUCUGCUACAGAACCAGUGGGGACUAAGUUUCAUCAGUGAAGUCCUCCAAGCCUCAGAGGGGUCCGGAUGUGUUCCUGGCCCCACAGAGCUGUCACAGCCCUCAGAUGACAGCGAGCCAGCAGAGGAGGCUCUUCUAACAAUCCAGUACGGUAGUGACAUGCUUGUUCCAGCCACUAACAUGAUCACCAUUGGCCAGUGUCCGGAUGAAGAAGAGGGCAACGGGAAGCUGCUGCUCAGCUGUCGCCAUCUAGUAGAGGCCCUAAAAUACCACAGUCAAGAGUGGAACACUAUUUGCAAUAAACGGAAGCAAGAUCCGAAAAAGGUUGUCUGGUUUAAGAACUCCCUGGAGCACCCAGCCUAACCCGGGGGUACAUGUGUACACACACACCCACUCCUUUUUCACACAUGCACACUUCUCUCAGGUUGUCUUUACACACAAAGCCACACUGAGACACUUUGGACUAACUCCUCGAGGAAACACCUAGGGACUUUUCUAACGCCUUACAAGAAGCCUGCCUUAAUGAAGUGGAUUUGGAUCUUCCUAUCCCUGCGCAACAAUUAUUUUAACGUUGUACAGAGCUGGUCUUUUUUUAAACAAACAAAUCUUUGAAGAGCUGUCAUUUUAUUGUAAUGAACUGCAGUUUUAUCUGUUUUUUUUGGUUCUGUAUGCGAGUGGUCAAUCAAGCACUUUCUAAUCCGUUGUGACCAAUCCCUGUAUGCCUACUUUACCAGACUGAUUUUUUUUGUUUAGCACACAUUUGAAAAUGUCUUGUACCUGCUUUCAUUUCAGUCAUUUUAUACAAGGGACUUGUAACAUGUCUCCAGUUUACAUACAGGUGCAGUCAGCAGCACAAUAA